GUAACGUGCUCUGGGACUGAUAAUGUAAAUGGUUGUGGUUGGUAGUGUCAGUUAUGAAGUGAAUAGUUGUGCAAUAAAUAAUCAUAAUUACGGAAGUGGUGUCAUUAACAACAAGUUAUACACACACAGAUGGAAAUAUCUGAUGGCAGACAGUUACAUAUUAACGAAAAAAACGCCUUAUGCUGAUAGUGUUGUGGUGGAGUUUGAGUUCGAAUAUAAUCUGGUCAAGAAAAAACUCUAUAACAACACUCACAUACCUAGUUAGUAGCUUCGUGAAGUUUUAUAAAAUUUGAAUAUUGAGAAUAUGAAUCAACCAGAACUGUAUUCAACAGUAAAUAAGCAUGCACAGGGAGUUAAUAGAAAUAUAAUGGAAAAAUACCAGAGUUUGCUGACAUGGAAGGAAAACGAAUCAAUUUUGGACAUUGGCUCAGGUCUCGGAAAUACGGUGAAAUACAUUCUCUUCCCACAUGUACCGAAAACUUUCAAGGAGCUGAUCUGCAGUGAUAUUUCUCGAGAAAUGGUAGAUUUCGCUGGAACAAAUUUUCAAGACCCGAAAGUUAGCCACCUCCAACUCGACAUUUCAACGGAAAAUUUACCUUGUGAUUUGGAAAAUAGGUUCGAUCACGUGUUCUCUUUCUUCUGUUUCCACUGGAUCCAAAAGCCAGA